AUGGCUUUCCGAUCUCAGGCCAUGCCUGGCGUUGCUCUAAUCACUGGCGCAGCGUCUGGGAUUGGUUUAGCGACCGCCGUUGUCUUCGUGGAAGAAGGCGUCACCAGACUCGUGCUGGCCGAUAUAAACUACGACGGCCUUGCUACGGCGAGCAGACAAUUACAAGAAAUUAACCCCAAGGUUGAGACAUGCUUGGUCAAGUGUGACACCUCGGUCGAAGAGGAGGUCGAGAACAUGGUCACUGAAGGGGUCAAGAAGUUCGGUGCCAUCCACUACGCGGUCAACAAUGCCGGUAUCACCAGCAGAAUCAGGAUCAAGACCCACUUGCUCCAGACCGAGGAGUGGGACAAGGUCCAGGGCGUCAAUCUACGGGGAGUGUGGCUAUGUCAACGGGCGGAGUUGAGACAGAUGAUGAAACAGGAAGCCGAGUUGUCCACAAGGACGGGCGCACCCCCAGAGAGAGGGGCGAUCGUAAACAUCUCUUCCCUCUUUGCAAUUAUCACCCACCCGACAGUCGGUGCGUAUUCCGCCACCAAAGCCGGCGUUCUGGGUAUGACCAGAACAGAUGCGGUUGCCUACGCGACGGAUGGCAUUCGGAUCAACUCAGUGUUGCCAGGAUUCGUCAAGACUCCGAUGGUUGAGGAAUCCAUGCGGCGUGGAGCAGACUACGAGCCCAUCAUCAACACUAUCCCUAUCAAGCGCUGGGGCAAACCGUCGGAAGUCGCUCAAGCAAUUGUCUUCCUGUGCAGCGAUCGGGCGAGUAUGAUCACGGGAGAAGCGCUCUGCGUCUCUGGAGCGAAGGAGUUCGCUGCCUAG